AGCGUCACGCGUCGCGAGCGCGUCCAACGUCAAGCAAUCUGCUUCGCACUACCGUAGGUACGCGGCACGCGGCGGCCUGCAACGGGCAAUUCCCCGCAUCGCUCCAAGCACACACACCGCAGCACGACAUGGCGACAGCGCGACGACCAGAGAAGCCCGCGGCGACGGCCGCGAACCCGAUUCCCUCGUCGUCGCCCGCGUUCGGCACGCCCGUCCAUCCCAUCCAGCCCCGCCGAACAGCGCCCAUCCGCGCCCCGCCCGCCCUGCAGCCAAAGGGCAAAUCCACCGUUCUGCCCAUCCUGCUGCCGCCCGCGACGCUGCGCCCGCUCGCCUUCCGCACCUUCACCAAGAAACACAACCUCACCCUCACGGCCUCGGCGCUCCAGGCGCUCGCGACCUUCAUCGGGAAGCACUGCGGCUCGGGAUGGCGCGAGGAGGGCCUCGCCGAGAAGGUGCUGGAGGAGGCGGCGAAGAGCUGGAAGAAGUGCGGCGGCCAGGUCAUUGUCGGCGGCGACACGGACGUGUUCAAGGGGAUCCUGCGCACGCUCGAGGGCGCCAUGGACGGCGGGCGGGUCGCCCACGGCUCGAGUCUGGGCCGGCAGAGCAGCUUCGUCUUUGGCGCCGAGCAGGCCGCGGCGUCGAGACCCGCGCUGGACGCGACGAGCAGCUUCGGCAUGUCGCGGCUCGACGUCGAGGACAAGGACGACGACGAGGAGCUGCUGAAGGACCCGCGGGAGUGGCUGAGGGUCAUCGGAGCGUUUGAGCAGCCAAAGCAGGUGUACAAUGCGUCGCAGAGGCAUUUUGAAAAAUGGACCGCGAAACCGUCGCUCUUCGCCGAGCCCUCGCACAAGACGGACCUCUUCCGCCAACGAUACCACAUGGUGCACCAGCGCAUCCUGCGCAACGAGACCUUCCAGGCCCCGGCCGCCAGCACGGCUCGGUCGGCGGCGCUGAACAGGACCGGCUCCAUGGCCACGCCCCAGACCAACACCGUCACGCCCACGUCCCAGACCAACGCCGUCACGCCCACGCCCCAGACCAACACCAUCACGCCCACGUCCCAAACCAACACCAUCACGCCCACGCCCCAGACCAACACCAUCACGCCCAUCGCCAAUCUGCUCGGCCGCACGGGCAGCACGCACUUGGUCCUGGGCAUGCUCGUCGUCUCGCCAACCGGCGCCCUCUCCCUCUCCGACCUCACGGGCACAAUAGCGCUGGACAUGCAGCAUGCACGGCCGGUACCGGAGAACGGCGCCUACUUUGCGCCCGGCAUGAUCGUGCUCGUCGACGGCAGCUACGAAGACGACCGCGGGAUGGCGUCCUCCAACCUCGGCGGCACAGGAGGCAUCGGCGGCACCAUUGGCGGCAAGCUCCUCGUCUUCUCCGUCGGCCACCCUCCCUGUGAGCGGAGAACGGCGACUCUGGGUGGCACCGACGAGCGCGACAAGAGCAGUCUCCAGGGCCCAGCAUUCGGCUGGACCGACUUCCUCGGGGUGGGCUCGCAACGAGCCACGGGCUCGCGCAUGACGCGCAUCUCGAACAAGGCGAUGACGCCGACCGCGGCGCACCAGAUCGUCGUGGCAUCAGACCUGCAUCUCGACUUGCCCUCGACGCUCAGCGCCCUGCGCACCCUGCUGCGCGCCUACUCCCCCAGCCCGUCGAACCCCCACCCGACCUACCCCCUCGCCGUCGUCCUCAUGGGCAACUUCUCCUCCAGAGCCACGCUCGCCGGCGUCCCGCAGGCCGGGAGCAUAGAAUACAAAGAGCACCUGGACGCCCUGGCCAGCGUGCUGUCCGACUUCCAGCCGCUCAUCGCACACACGACCCUCGUCCUCGUGCCCGGCGACAACGACGCCUGGCCGUCGGCCUUUUCCGCCGGCGCCGCAACCCCGCUGCCGCGCAAACCCGUGCCCGCGCUGUUCACGAACCGCGUGCGCCGCGCCGUCGCCGACGCAAACCGCGAGGUCUGGGGCGCGGGCAAGGCCAAAGGCAAGGAGGGCGAAGUGCUCUGGACCAGCAACCCGAGCCGCAUCUCCGUCUUCGGCGUCAAGACCGAGCUGCUGCUCCUGCGCGACGACCUGGCCGGCCGCCUCCAGCGCACCGCCAUCCGCUUCCCGCGGCCCCCGCCAGACAACGACGACGAGGAGAUGCCGCCCGCGCCCCCGCACCACGUGAGCGAGGCCAUGGACCUCGACGUGCCCGCCCCGCGGCCGCUGGACCCGCCCGUCGACGCGGACACGCAGACGGCGCGCGCGCUGACGCGCACCAUCCUCUCCCAGAGCCACCUGAGUCCGUUCCCGCUCAGCGUGCGGCCGCUGCACUGGGACUUUGCGCACGCGCUGGGACUGUACCCGCUGCCUUCCAGCGUCGUGCUGGCGGACAGCGAGGCCCCGCCCUUUGUCGUCAAGUACUGCGGUUGCACCGUCAUGAACCCGGGCCCGAUUGAUGCGAGUCGCGGCAGCAAGGGCAGAGAGGGGCGCGCGCGCUGGGUCGAGUUUGACGUCCGCACGCAUGGCGGUCUUGUGCGCUGCGAGGGGUGAGUGGGAGGCAUGUCCAUGUAUCGGCGCGAGCAGCCAGCGCCGAUGAAGCGUCUCAUGCUCGUCGGGCGCCGAGUGGUGAGCUGGAAGGAAGGCGGUCUCGGUCUCGGUCUCGGUCUCAGUCUCGGUCUCAGUCUUGGUCUCGGUCUCAGUCUCAGUCUCGGUCUCGGUCUCGGUCUCA